AUGCUCAAGCCGCUCGAAUUGUCCCUCUUUCCUUCAUGCAUCCAGGCCGUUGCCUGGUCGUCCGACGGUGAACUUGCCGUGGCGUCGGGGGAACAUGUCCAAAUUCUGACUCCUAAAGCCUCGGAUCAAGCCGACCCCGAACAAGAAGGCAAGGAUGCGUGGGACACCAUCCGCAUCCGUGUCAAUGUCUUCACAAACCUCGAGUGGGCGAUUAUUUACCCCCAGAGCCGCGAUGACUUCAGCUUAGGUGUAGAGCAAUCCUUCAGCCACGUAAUCGGGAUCGCAUGGUCGCCUCCUGGUCUGGGUCGUUUCCGCCGCUCCGUGCUGACGGUCUUAACGGCCAAUCUCAUUCUAUCCCUGUGGGAACCCGUGGGCGAGAAUGGCCAAUGGGUUCGCGUUGCUAUCGUGAACCAUGUCAUGCACCCAGAUCCUGGGACUGUCAGGGCCCUCCGAGGCGAGGAGCUCCGUCGAUUCAACAUUCGCUCAUUCCACUGGUGUCCUCCACUCCUGGUACCGAACUCUCCCGUCUCAUCUCAAUCCUCGUCCGAUCCGGAAAGCCGAUGGGGCAUUCAUUUAUUGGUGGCAGCAAACGACAAUAACGAGCUGGCUAUGUUCCGUGUUCGCCGGUUUCCAAAAUCCCAAUCCUCCCCACAACCUUACUGCGUCGAAAAGUUGGCCUUUCACCCGGUCAAAGCUGAGGGUGCCUUAUUUCCCCAAUCAAACCCGGAAACCAUUCUUUCUAGAACUCUCCAGGAGCGAGCGCGUAUUUUAAGUGUGUCAUGUGGCCCAUGGGAUUGGUCUGCAUCGCCUAGGGACAGCUCGAGCAGCUUCGCUAGUGCCAUGGUAGCGGUGACAUACGGGGCGCGGCUUCUGGUCUUCAAAGCCUCUGUGGGCCUUAAUGAUUUACACGCCGAGGAGAAAGUGACGCCGCGCUACGAGGCUAUUGCAAAAUUUGCGGAUCAUACUUUGGGCUCAAUGGUAAAAGAAACAGAGUGCCACCGCGUCACUGGACCCCUUGAAUGGCUGCACAUGGUCGAAGAGGAUGGCCGCGGAAAUGAUCAACUCCAGGGAACCCAGGAACAGGGAUCCUCGAGGAACAUUAUCCUUGUUGUAGGCAUUAUCGGUGGGGUGGUGACAUUGUCAAUACCUCUUUCAGUCUACAACGAAAGCAGCAAAGACACAAAAGCCGUGAAAGUUCAAGACUGGCCUGCACCAAUUUUCCCUGCGAAGAAUAAAGAUGCGGAGCCACAUCUAGAACCGGUCUCAGGAUUCGUUUCAUCAAAAAAUGCACGUGGCACACCCGUUCUUCAGAUGGGUACUUUAGGUGGACUGAGGGGAUGCAUGAGUCUGAAUCCGUCGGGAGAACUUGAUGCGUGGACCUUGCCGCCUUGGAGCAGAACCGUUGACAACUUUCGAGAGCAGUAUGAUCUAGACCUCGAUCUAGGCGGAGAAACGACGGUUCGCAUCUGGGGAGUAGCCACGUGCCGCGGGCUUUCUGCUGUGCUAUUCACACGACAUCCCACCGAUAUGAUCGAGUAUAGGAUGUCAUCUGCUGAAAGGACAAUGAUUGCCUUUGGAUCAGAAGAGCUUCACAGUCUACUUGAUCUGUAUUCGCGGCUGCGAUCCGGGAAUGGCGAGUUGCCACCUGCUUCCGAACAACGAGAAGGUGUGAUUACCUUUUUGCUUUCCUGUGGAGUAUGCGACAAUAUACAGAGCCAUGAGGAUCAGAAGCUCGUUUACGCGGCGGCUUGCUGUGCUAUUGUAGACAAUCAAAAGGAGGCGAUUCGGUCACAAGCCCGACGAGCGCUGGAACACUUGACAACCUUGACAGGAGCCGAUCUGAGCAUCGAGAUUUCUAAGUGCAAUGCUGACCCGUCGCACAUUCCUUUCAAACCGUCCCAUUUGCGUGACAGCCCUGCAGCUCAUCUGUUUGAAUGGUGCGAAGUCUGUGGCUCGAGCCUCAGCUGGUCUUCACCGGAUGAAGCACAGUGCGCCGAGGGUCACGUAUUCGCGCGCUGUAGCCUCAGUUUCCUGGCAAUCCAAGAGCCUGGGAUAUCCAAGUACUGCCCCGUUUGCCAGAGAGAAUUUUUUGACGAAGACGAGUUGGCUAGUCUACCCGAUAGUCAUUUCGGACCCUUGUUUCGGAAGCUCUUCGAAGCGUAUGACGCCUGCAUAUACUGUGAAAGCAAGUUUCAGAGUAGCUAG